AUGUUGCCCCUACGGCUAUCCGUCCUCCUAGGAUGCUUCCCUCUUCUCGCCCUCGGGGUCGGGGCCGAGAUAUUUGGGCAGAUUGAUGAGGAUACCUUCCACGACUUUGGCCUAAUAGGCACAAAUCAGCGGAUGUCCGCCCAAAGCGUCGCUGUAUUGGGCGAUUAUUUAUACAUUGAAGGCGGGCAAGUGUCUACCUGGGUCAACGGAGAACAGAAAUUUCCGCUGAACGCACUGGAACUAAACAAGACACUAUCACUUCCGAUAAACACGAAAUGGACAAAGAAAGAUGUCAAAUUCACCGAGAUUCCAUACGUUGGCGAAAUGCGUUCCGUUAAAUUCGCAGGACUAUGGGCGAACGAGCGAACAAAGUCACUAUACAGAUGGGGAGGCGAGCUGCAACGAAAAGAGCAGUUCGAGAAAGGCCACGAGAUAAAGCUGUAUGUUCUCGAGACGGACGGGAAGGGAGGUGGGCACUGGACAUCCAAAUCACUGCCGCAGGCCGUAUCAUCGGGGGAGAUCAAAUCGAACAGCUUUGGAGCAUCGACAUUCUGCGACAACCGGGGGUUCUACAUUGGUGGCUUCUCGUCCAACUCGACAGGGGACUAUAGACAGAGGGAAAUGCCAAGCCCGGGCGUGGUAACGUAUAACAUGGACACUGGUGACUUAUCCAAUACGACGUCUUCCCCUGCCGUGUCGUUGCACGACGAAAAUAUCUGGGCAGGCCAGGCUGUUUGCGUGACAGCAUUCAAGCGACCUCUGGUCAUAGUCCUCGGCGGAUUCGACGGCACACACCGGGACAAUGUGCGAGAUUUGGGAGAACCCAUAGUGUACGAUGCAAGCCCUGCUUCGCCAAAGUGGCAUUCCCAGCAGAGAGCCAUAGGAGACAAUAUUCCCGCGAAGCGCUUUGCUUUUUGUGCAGUUGGUGCCCAGGGUAAGAAUGGCACCUAUGAAAUUUUUAUCUAUGGCGGUACUGCUAAGUAUGGAAAAGAUGAGACCUUUUACGGCGACGUCUGGAUCUUGUCUCUGCCUGCAUUCAGAUACUUCAGAGCCGGCAGUCUUUCAACCACCCUUCGACGGAGUCAUCUUGCUUGCGCAGCUGUCGGCAGAUAUAUGAUCACGAUUGGGGGGAUCUCUGAAGGCGGCGAUGCCAGCUGGAGAGAAAAUGAUCCGUGGUUCAGAGCCAUAGGAAUUUUCGACAUGGUCGAGAUGACAUGGACGGAGGACUUUGAUCCUAGCAAAGCAGAUUAUGACAGUCCGAGUUAUAUAAAAAACUGGUACAGAAAAAAUAACGUUGACGCAUAUGGGUUUUACGAUGACAGUAUCAGAGACCUUUUUAUCAAUGCUCCAAGCGAUGGUAACGACAACAGUGACAACAAUGAACAUGAUAGCACUCCCAUUGGCUCUAUUAUCGGCGGAGUCGUUGGGGGAGUUGCUUUGGUGCUUUUAGCUAUUGGUGGUUUCUGGUUCUUCCGCCGCCGCCGAGCCCAGGAACAGGAACGACAAGGUAUUGAUCUAGCAACGCUCCCAGAUCAGGCUGCGGGAAUGGAACCUCCACAGGGAGGCUCACAUUGCAAUCUCAAGUUCUCUUCAACUCCAAUACGUAUGAGCCAACUGGCCGAAGCGGGCUGGAUUGACGCUGAGCUUGAUUCUACCGCUGUACUGGAGAUCGAGUCUGCCGCAGUGGUAGAGAUGGAGGGCCAUACAAAUCUAGAACUCGGCGACAACGAGGACUCAGACCGGUCUCUGAAUCAGAUAGCAGAGCUGGAAUGA